AUGGCCUCCUAUCCGCGCGCCUCCAGCGUGGAUCUCGACUCGCCCGACCGCCCAUUCGACAACAUCAUCAACUUCCGCGAUGUCGGGCGCUCCAUCAACGGCAUUCUGGGGAAGAAGGUCUUGAAAGAGGGGGUUCUAUACCGCAGCGCCCGCCUAGACGACGCCUCCGAGCGCGACAAACGGCGUCUCACGGAGGAAUUGCACAUCGCCACGGUCAUUGACCUGCGCUCGUCCACGGAGCACCAGAUGGCCAUCGCCAAACGGCGGUCGGAAACGGGCACGGACGACACGACGCCGCGCGCCGGUGACGAGCAUCUGCCGGACCUCCCGGGCGUGCAACGGUGUCUGAUCAGUCUGACGGGGAAGGCGUUUGAGCGGACCCUGGUGUGGAGGUUAGACUGGUGGAAUUUCCUCAAGGUCCUCGCGCUGGCGGCAUCGGGGUACCGCGACGACGCGGUGGUGCUCGUCGGGGAGCAGGUGAUGACGCCGCGGGGGCUGAUCGGGCUGGGCCAGGACACGCUGGACAGCAGCACGGCGGAGAUGAAGGCGGUCUUUGACGUGUUGGCCGCCACGGACGGCGCAUACCCCGUCGUCGUGCACUGCACGCAGGGCAAGGACCGCACGGGGCUGAUCAUCCUGCUGCUGUUGCUGCUGACGGGGGCGGUGGGCGUAGACGCGCUGGCGGCGGACUAUGUGCGGUCGGAGGCGGAGCUGGUGGUCGAGGUGGAGGAGCGCAUGAAGGAGAUCCGCAAGCUGGGCCUCAAUGAGGACUACACCAAGUGUCCGGACGGGUUUACGAGCGAGAUCUCGGGGUAUCUGGCAGAGAAGUAUGGGGGUGUGGAGGCGUAUUUGCGGGGGGUGGGGGUGGAGCAGGAGAAGCUGGAUGCGAUUAAGCGGGCGUUGCUGGCUUAG